AUGGAGGGCAACAAGGCCGCGGCGUCACACUAUCACGCACUGGGCGUGUCACCAGGCGGCUCUUUGGGCGGCGCCGCAUCGGUGUUCCACGUGGCGGCGGCCUGCUGCUGCCGCCGAAGCGUGCGAUUGGCGUUGGCCUCGUCCGCCACGCGCUUCUCGAGCCUCUCCAGCCGCUCCAGGGAGAAGGACUUGAUGGGCAGCAGCUUCGGCGGGCAGAGCAGCCCCGUGGGCUCCUCCGCCUCGUGGAACACGAACCCGCUGGUGGGGAGAAUCUCCACCGGUGCCUCCCCGCUCGUCAUCGUCGCCGAUUUGCGCGUGUUCGCCCCCUACGGCUGCCGUUUCUUCGCUGUGCGUCUUCCUGCCGGGCAGGCGGGGAAGGAGCAGAGGGAAUAA